GGAAGGGGAAAGCAGAGGGAGGAAAGGGAAAGCUGCCCUCUGGACUGGCCAGCGGAGCCUUUCAUUUUCGUAAGGGAAAUGUCAUGUGAUGACGCCAGUUGGUGUGAAAAGGAGAAGUGAAGGAGGCCCUGGAGUCGCGACACACAGAAAGAACCUGCCCGGCGGAACCUGGAGGGAGGGACCGAGGAGGGCGAAGGGAUCCGGAGGGAGACGAGGCCAGACGGGGAGGGGGGGGCAAGGGAGAGGUGAGGAGGCAGGAAGGUGCAGGAGAGGGAAAACUGGAAGGGGAAAGAGGCGACCGGAGGGGAGCGAGUGAAAAGAUCGGCCUGGAAGGGACACGGGAAGUGGGAGAGCCGGAGACGGAGGAAGGCAGGGUGGAAGGGACUCCUGGGGUCUCGUUGGAGAGGGGGAAGCAAGGCAGAGAGAGGGGAGAGGAGGAGAGCCAGGGCAACUGAGGGAUGAAGAGCUAAGGAAGGGCGAGGGGAGGGAGGAAGGGAGCAUGGCCGGGACCCCGGGAGAGCAGAGGCCCCUGCUGGGGCGGGUCCGGGCCGUCGGGGGCCUGGUCCCGAGGGGCCGCAGGGCGGCCCUGGCCGCCAUACUGCUGGCCGAGAUGCUUGAGCGGGCCGCCUUCUUUGGCAUCUCCGCCAACCUGGUGCUGUACCUCAACAGCGUCAACUUCAACUGGGAGGGGGGCCAGGCCAGCGGGGCGGCCCUGGUGUUCCUGGGAGCCUCAUACCUACUGUCCCCCGUCGGGGGGUGGCUGGCCGACGUCUACCUGGGCCGCUACUGCACCAUCGUCCUCAGCCUGCUGCUCUACCUGGUCGCCUCCUGCCUGCUGCCCCUCACCGCCUUUGCCGACGGGCGGGCCUCCUUCUGCGGGGAGAUGCCCGCCCCCGAGGUCCAGCCCCUCUGCCCCUCCUCAGACUGCCAACUCGUGUCCCCCAGUCCUUACUGCGCUCCCACCAUGUACACGGGGCUGCUGCUGCUGGGGCUGGCGGUCAGCUCCGUCAGGACCAACCUCACGUCCUUUGGUGCCGACCAGGUGAUGGAUCUGGGCCAGGGCGCCACCCGCCGCUUCUUCAACUGGUUUUACUGGAGCAUCAACCUGGGGGCCGUGUUGGCACUGCUGGUGGUGGCCUUCGUGCAGCAGAACGUCAGCUUUCUCAUCGGCUACAUCAUCCCCGUGGUCUGCGUGGGCCUGGCGCUCCUCCUCUUCCUCCUCCCCGGCCGCUCCUUCGUCACCAAGCCCCCCACGGGCAGCCAGGUGUCUUCCAUGCUGGCGCUCGCCCUCCGGGGCUGCUGGCCUCGGGCCUGGUGGCGUCCCUCUGCCAGGCGGGCGCCUCCGGGAGCCGAGGUGAUUUCGGAGCGGGGGUCUUCCCCUCAGGGUCCCUCUCGCCAGGAGGAUAUUGCCAACUUCCGCGUCCUGGUGAAGAUUCUUCCAGUGUUGCUGACGUUGGUGCCUUACUGGAUGGUGUAUUUCCAGAUGCAGUCCACGUACUUUCUGCAAGGCCUGCACCUCCUCAUUCCGAACUUCUUCCCGUCUGGCCCGCCCAGCAGUCACAGCUACACGUUCCCGGACGCCUGGCUCCUCUUGACCAACGUGGUAGUGUUGCUCGCCCUGGUGCCGCUGAAGGACCGCGUCAUCGACCCCUUCCUGCUGAGACAUAGGCUGCUCCCCUCGGCCCUGCAGAAGAUGGCCCUGGGCAUGUUCUUCGGCUUCGCCUCCGUGAUCGUGGCAGGUAUCCUGGAGACGGAGCGCCUGCGUUUGGUCCACCGCAACGAGACGGUGAUUCAGCGCAUCGGGCUGGUGGAGUACGUGGCGGCGCCCCUGCCCAUCUGGUGGCAGGUGCCCCAGUACCUGCUCAUCGGAAUCAGCGAGAUCUUCGCCAGCAUCCCAGGCUUGGAGUUCGCCUACUCGGAAUCCCCCCGCUCCAUGCAGGGAGCCAUCUUGGGCAUCUUCUUCUGCCUGUCGGGGGUGGGCUCUCUGCUGGGCUCCAGUCUGGUGGCGCUGCUGGCCCUCCCAGCGCUGGGCUGGCUGCACUGCCCCGAGGACCACGGGAACAUUAACAACUGCCGGAUGGACCUGUACUUCUUCCUGCUGGCCGGGAUCCAGGCCGCCGCCGGGUUCCUCUUCCUCUGGAUCGCCCAUCGCUACGAGAAGGCGGCGCCCGCUCCCACCUGCCAUCGCUGCGCCGGCCGGGAGGGGGGCUGAGCCCCCCUCAGGGGCCGCCGGUGGGAUCCUGAGACUCGAUCUCCCCCCGGGCCCCCCCCCCCCCCACCGGCCGGCCCCCGACCCCGAGACACAGACCCGCGAUGUUGCUCUGGUUUCCUUCCCGGUUUAUUCCGUACCCAACAACUGAAGAGCGAAACGUUUGCCAUAAA